AUGGCGCUGGACCGUAAGCCCCCUCCCCAAGCCUCUUGGACCAUGGCAGACCUGUUACGGUUCCCCCCUCCGGGCUCCGCCCCACUGCCGCCACCUCCACACCGCCCGGCCUGGAAUCGCUAUCGCCCGUCGGAAAGCAUGAAGGGCCUGCUGAUCGCUCUCUUUGGGGGCGGAGUGCCAGCCGGCUUCGCAGCCCUGUUCACCCGCAUGGCCAACGAGACGUCAGGCAUCCCCUCCCUGCAGAUCCUCUUCUUCCGCUGCAUCGUCCACCUGUUCUUCAUUGGCUACAUACGCUAUCAGAAGAUCCCCUGCUGCGGACCCCCCGAAUCUCGCAGGCGAACCGUCUACCACGCCUUCGUCAACAUCAUCUCCAUCGGCUUUGCCUACACCUCCUUCAUGGUGGUGCCCAGCGGAAACGCCACGACCGUCCGCAAGGGGUCUUCUACCAUCUGCUCCAUCUUGCUGGCUUUGUACAUGGAGAAGAACCGCUUGACGGGCUACGACUGGUUUGGGUUGGUGGGCAGCACCUUGGGCGUGGUCAUCAUGGUGGUCCCGGACAUACUGAACCUGGACAAGAGCACCCAACUCUACGACGCAUUGGGUUACCUCUUGGCUUGCAUGGGAGGGGUGUUACUGGCCCUGGGCCUGGUCAUCUUCCGAAGCCUGGACUACCCAUCCAAGCUGGUGACCGUAGCCUUCCUCUUUGGCCUGGUGGGAAGCCUGGCGUGCCUCCCGGCGAUGUUCCUCCUGCAGGAUCCAAUCUUGCCCAUGGAUCUCCUGACCUGGACAUGCGUGGGAGCAAUCAGCGUCCUUGCCUUGGUGUCUUUCCUGUGCGCCAGCUACGCGGUGACGAAGGCCCACCCGGCCCUGGUAUGUGCGGUGCUGCAUUCCGAAGUGGUGGUGACCCUGGCGGUCCAGUACUACGUGCUGCAGGAAGCGGUGACGCCCUUCGACAUCACGGGAGCGGGGGUCAUCCUAGGGAGCAUCGCCAUCAUCACGGCCCAGAACAUCAGCUGCGAUGCGCCCGAUGAUGACGAUGGAGAAGAAGCUGGAGAGCAGAGAAAGCAGGGACUGUCUGCGGAGAGCGCGGCAAGCUGA